UAAGUGCAAGAAAAACGCAAGAAAAAUCAGAACCGCUGCUUACUCACACUGCACUGCGGGCUGUAGGUAUCUGCCGUGUUGUCUGUAUGCAAACAAUGGAUUACACUGUCUAGCGGUGAUGUGCGGCUAACUGCGAGCUCAUCGAAACGGUCUGAAGCGUCUCUCCUCAUCCUGAGCCCAGUCUUUAUUUCCUGCUUCGUGUCUUGGGUGUACAGGUCUUUAGACAGCCAUGGGUGGGUUGGGGAACGGGCGUCGUGGAGUAAGAUCACCCCCUCUUCUGAUUGGUGCUCUUAUCGCCUGUAUCCUGGUUCUGGGAUUUAACUACUGGGUGUCCAGCUCCCGCAACCUGGAACUACAGACUAAGCUGUAUGAGUUGGAGGGCCAGGUAAGACGGGGAGCAACAGAACGAGGAGCGGCAGAGUUGAAGAAGAUCGAGUUCCAGGAGGAGAUCCAGAGACAGAGGGAGCAGAUCAGCCACGUGGAAAGCCUCUAUAGGACGCAGCUGGAAGCAGCACAGGACUCGUGCAACCAAGAAAAGAUCAAACAUCAGCGGAACAUUUCCUCCUGUGCAAAAACCACACAAGAACUCAAAGGUCAGUUGAACCAGCUGAAUGAGGACCUGGGGAAUCAGCAGAAAGAGCUACAAAGUUGUCAAGGCAAUAUCAAGACUCUUAACAACAAACUCACGUAUGACAUGACACACUGUCACUCUCAGGUCCUGUCCCAGAAGGAGUUGUGUGAUGAAAGAGUGGCUGCUGCGAAACUUGAAGUUCAGAAAAAAAUGGAGAAGCUCAUGCUUCCCCCAGCUGCUUCCUCACACGAAAAUCCAUCGACUGCAGCAACACACCAGGAGGGAGCAGUGGUGACUGUGGCUCACACAGUGAAGACGGCAACGGUUGUGAACCACACUCUAGGCCUCUCCCAACCUAAAGGAAAGGAACCGGCUGAACUGCUGACAAAUGAGAUCAUUGUGGACGGAGCUGCUGAUGUAUCAGAGGACCUGCCUCUUGUGAAUGACGUCGCUAAAAUGGAUUCACAAUCAGAUCCCUCUGCUGCUGCUGCUGUUGUUGUGAAGGAGGCCAUUUUGCCACCACCAGAGGGUGCAGUCAAAACGCAAGUGGCUGACACAGAGCCAAGUAAACUUGAGAAGAAUAAUCUGACUGAGGACAAAGAGAAGAAGGUGAUGGAUGUUCAUGAAGAGGACACUCAGACAGAAGAGGCGGACCCUGGGAUGGAAGGCAUGCUGAUUGGCCAGGGGAAGGUUGAUGAGACUCCUGUUGAUCUGAAGUUGGAGGAGCCAGAGGAGUAUGAUGCCGACGAGCAAAUAGUGGGAGGAGAUCUGGAGAAACAACAGCAGAAUAAACAGGCUGAAAAUAUAGACAAGGAAAUGGAAGAGGAGCUGGCUGACUACAAUGGCAAUGACGAUAAUGAGGGGGAGUUUGAAGCAGACAAACAAGCGGAGCUUGCUCAAAACUGAGGGCCGAUGUUGGAAAAGGACAUUGGACUUGAUACAGGUUAAGGCACCCCCCCCAAACACGGCAAACACAAAACCGUUACCAAUGAUUUUCAGCCGACAGACUUGUUGUGAUAUUAGUCAUUUGUGUUGAUUUAAUCCGAAAUUUUGUCCACACCGGUUUCUUAACGUAUCACAGUUAGAACACGGUAGCAACAUCUGUCCUCAGUGAUUCGCAGUGAUUCCCCCGUCCUUUAUUCAAAUGAACACUAAUCUCAAAAUGAUGUUGUAUUGUUAGCUAAUCUGACUGUCCAGGUGUGUGUCAAUGUGUGUGUGUGUCUGUUUGUGUCUGUGGCGGAGAUGUAGAAUGAAUGUAUUGAUGCUGAUUACAGUAAAAUACUGUGAAACAAUGGCUGGUGCUGAGGAGGUGGUGUCUCAUGCAGCCUGAGGAUGAAUUGCAUUCAUGCAGCGUGUCCUCGCACCAUCCCCAAAAUGUGGCUUGUGUGCUUGGGUCGCAUUCACGAUGGACUGUGGGCGUUUUCCGAUCUGCAAUUUUUAGUGCAAUCUGCACCCGGUGGGAUCGCUGAGGACAGACGUUACUAGGAUUGAAAAGGGUUUAUUCAUGGCUACCACCAGGGGGCAACCAAGAUAUGUCGCGUCCACUGUGGGGAGCGUUCAUGUCGUCCGUCGUUACAUGGUCAUUUAUCGCAAUAUUCAGCAUCAGUCGACCGUACAUGUUUACAGUUCACGUGCAUUUCAAUAUAUACAGGUAGCCCCCUCGCUGUCGUGGUGACCGUGCUCACGUUCAUUUAAAUAAAUGAUAUAAAAGUUAUGUAAACAAAAAAAAAGGAAUUCUACAUUUUCUAAUAAUCACUACCUUUGUAAUUGGGGAUUAGAUGUGUUGUCUGUGUUCACUCCUUAAUGACUGUAACUUGAUGAUAAUGUUAAGACCCUUAUAGGGUUAUGAGGUGUCACAUAGUGUAGGAAAUGUAAAUAAUCUCAGUGAUGGGACUGUACGAACAGCAUGAGCCUCUUCUCUCUCUCUCGAGGCACAACAGCAUCUUAAACAAUGCCUUAAGAUACUCCUGUACGUCUACAAAAGGGUUAUUAAAGCAGCAAAUGAAGGAAGUGUAUGGAUAUUCUUGUUUUAGUGUUGCUGAACAAAAACAGCCUUUUUGGAGGGUUGAUUAUGUUUUUCCAUUAAAUGUCAGAAAAAGGGGCUCAGUGUUCCCCAAUACAUCAAAUGAAGUUGUUCUGUUUUGUCCGCAAACCAAAAUGAUUUCAGUUUCAAUGAAUUCUCUAUGUGAAGCAAAGAAACCAGAAAAUAUUCACAUUUAAGAAGCCGCAGAAUCUGAGAAAUUCUGAAAUGUGCUAUGUUUCUACGUGUGAGCCAAAAAAAGUAUUUCUUUGUUAUCCAGAGCAAAGAAAUUAAGAAAAUAUUCACAUUUAAGAAGCUUAAACAAUCAGAAAUCUUGUUUUAAUCAUGAAAAAAAGCUUCAAACUGAUUAAGCGAUUAUCAAAAUAGUUGUCGAUUCAUCGAUUGUUUCAGCUCUAGACUUGCACCACAUGUUUUUGACGCCGUCUCUCCUCUACUGAUAUGAUGGAAGACUUUAUUAAGAACACAAAGAGAGACAUUUCUGAGAAUUGCUGUAAUAUCUUGAAGGACUUCUCCUUUAUUUAGGAUCAGUGAGUUGUGCUUUGUCUACUGCAGUCAAAUUAUGUAGCUGUGCUAAAAAUGUGUUCGUCUGCUCAUUUUAAAGCCGUCCCGAGAUUGGAAAUGGUGUGGCAGAUUUUAAAUAUCAACUAUAUUAAGCAUCAGAAAUAACAAAAAAGAAAAACGGUAAACUGGAACAGAAUGUUUUAUUUCCUUGUGUUUUUGUUCCUUGUGACAAUAUUAUUUUUCAGGGAUUCUGCUUCAUUUCAACGUGGUGAAUUUGACUUGUAUCAUCACACAUCAGUGUUGAAAUGCAUUAGCUCAUCAUCAACCGUCAUUUCCAAGUAGGUGAUAAGUGAAUGGACACAUGGCCGUUACAAGGUCAUGUGAGCAGGAUGGUUUUACAUGUGCUGCAGCAGAGUUUCCCCUUUAAUGUAAAGAAGGUAAUGGUUAAACAUUAACAUGACACACAUUAGCUUUAACAGAGAUGAAUUAACACAAGAUACAGCUCAUUAAAUGGCGUUUACUGUGGAUUAACAUGAAUAGCUUGACUAUGCAUCAUCCGUAGUAAGUGUGCCACCAGAAAAACACCAGACGGCAUAUUAUGAGAACCUAACGUAACAUGAUUAUUUCAUUAUGUCAUAUUUCAGUUCACAAAGGAUUUCUUUCAAAUGCUAAAAGCCAAUCAAAUUUCAAAGUUGCUCUUUUGUCCCGAGUCAUAUCAGCUUCAUUAAUUUAUUUUAGUUUUAUUGUUAUUGAAAUAUGAACGUGCUCAUGGUGUUACAGAGUAACCAUACACGUAAGAACCAGGAGAACUUCUCCUCUCCUCACAUCAAUCGUUCUGCCUGCUUUUAUCGCCCUUAUGUUAUCUUGGAGACAUCUGAAAUGUUGUGUUAUAUAUAUAUAUAUAUUUUUAUUUUUUUUGCAGAGCUGUUGUUAUUGUAAUUAUCUGAAAUUGCAAAGUUUGGACAACUACUGCUUUUGUUUUUUCCAGAAUGCAUUGUUUGUCUAAUUCAAGGGACAAAAUAAGUUCUGAACUGGGAAUCUGUUUAAUUAGAGAGAAAUGUUUUAUGAUUUUUAUAAAGUGGACUAACAUUUAUUUUGUUUAUUUGUUAAUGUUUAACUUUAUUCUGUACUGCUGAACACAUUUCUGAAAGGUUUAAAUAAUCAUGGGCUAUAUUGAUCAUUCAUAUAAAAGAGAAUAAAUUUGUUUUUAUUACUAA